GCAGGAGGGGGGUGGUGAGCACCGACCAGGGCAAUCAUUAAUCUUGGUCAUGAGACAGAAUCUUCCAUUCUGAGCUCUUAAUGAAACAGUUCAUCUAGAAAGAUGGCCACUGCAGAGCCCCUAUCAAAAAAGACUAUAAUGGGUCCUUAUGGAAUCAAUCGUGCUGUACAUCGCAUUACUCUUUCUGAUUGUCAGAAUGGAUUAGGGGUUAAAAUUAUUGGAGGUUAUCGGGAGCAGACUUCAGAAGACUAUGGAAUUUUCAUAAAAAGAAUUUUGCCUGGAGGAAUGGCUGCAUUAGAUAGUCGCUUGUUCACUGGAGACCUAAUCUUGGAUGUGAAUGGAGAAAACUUAGUUGGUGUAACCAAUGAAAGAGCUGUUGACAUCUUGCGAACAGCAUCUGCAUCUAAUCACAUGUCUCUGCUGAUUGCGAGAGAUGAAGAAGCCAAGAAAGAAUUUCUAAACCUGAUGGACAAGUAUGGAUCUCACGCUAAUACAGACUCUGCAAGAAGCUCUCCAACACAACUGCUAGCUGUGAAACCUGUUGACAGCCUUUCUUCAGCAUCAUCUUCAAGGUCCCAGAGUCCUCAGCUGGCGCAAGCAAAGGAUACUGCCACCAGCCACAAUGGAAGUAUCUCUGUCAUAGCCACAUCCCUUCAGCUCGCAAAUGACAGUGCAUUUCAGAUUAUCACUGUUUCCAAGGGAACAGGCCUAGGCUUGAACAUUGUGGGAGGAAUUAACAGAAAUGAAGGGCCCUUGGUGUAUAUUCAAGAAGUUAUUCCUGGAGGUGACUGCCAUAAGGAUGGACGAUUAAAACCUGGAGACCAGCUUGUAUCAAUAAACAAGGAGUCGAUGAUUGGUGUCUCCUAUGAAGAGGCAAAAAGUAUAAUCAGCAGAACAAAGCCAAAAUCAGAAUCUGCUUGGGAAAUUGCUUUCAUCAGACAAAAGAUUGUUCCCAGUUACUUGGAACAUACACAACGCCCUUCUAGUUUCUUGACAUCUUCUGGUGCAUAUGGACAGCAGCAAAAUCCAACAUUUAAUCUUCUUACACCUCCUAAUGAGAACUUUGCUUCUAAGAUGGCCCCUUCCAGUGCUACAAAAACUGGAUUCAAGAAGAGAGAGCAAUCUCCAAUUAUUUCUGAAGACAGCAGCCCUACUGAUGUGUCUGCUACUGCUGUUACCCCCAACCAGGCAGAUGAUUACAGACUGCAAGGAAAGAAGAUUUCUGUAAACCCUACUGUUCGUCUCAAAGCAGAAAAGCUGGAGACGGCACUGAAUUACCUUGGGAUUCAGCCCACAGCUGAACAACAGCAAGCCCUAAGGAACCAACUACAAAAAGAUUCUAAUGGGACAGUAUCUUUUGGAGAUUUUGUUCAGGUUGUGAGAAAUCUGUUCUGUGUGCAACCGGAGGAAGCAGGUGGUGGCCAAAAACCCCUUGCAUUGGGGGCCAGCGAAGUCAACAGUUUAUUAGACUCGCAGUUUGUAUCCUGUGAUUCUGUGGAAAUGGAUGAUAUGGAAAGACUUAAAAAUGAAAGAAAUGACACUUUAAAAGAAAUAACUAAACUGAAGGAACAAUUGUCUGAAUCUUUAAGUGUACAGAAACAGUUAAUGGAGGAGCUACAGACUGUCAGACAGGAAGCCAAGGCAGCGGUGGAAGAGACGAGAGCUUUGCGAAGCAGGAUUCAUCUUGCAGAAGCCGCACAGAGGCAGGCUCGUGGGAUGGAGAUGGACUAUGAAGAAGUAAUCCACCUAUUAGAGGCUGAAAUUACAGAGCUGAAGGCUCAGCUCACUGAUCAUCCUGGCCAAAAUAAAGAUAGUACGCAUGAUUUACGAAAGAGAAUCGCAGUGCUAGACUGCCAACUACGGAAAUCAGAAGCAUCUAGGAAAGCCUUUGAAGUGGCCACUGAAAAACUGCUGCAGUUCACAGAGAUUGUACACGAAGCCCUGUCAGAAAACUCCUCUUUGUCAGCUUUAAGUGAUAGAAGAGCCACGUUGUCAGCUAAGACGCUACUUGCACGACUGGGGAAGAACGGACAUACAGUCACAGCAGCCCUUGGAGCUGAAGCCAAAGACCUUGCUAAAUCUGUCCGUGCCAUUCUAGAAGUAGACUGCCUACCUUAUGGAUGGGAAGAAGCAUACACAGCUGAUGGAAUCAAGUACUUUAUCAACCAUGUAACACAGACAACAUCAUGGAUCCAUCCUGUAACCAGCGCACUGAGCUUGUCCUGUUCUGAGGAGAGUGAGGAAGACGGCACCAGAGAGCUAGCAGAGCCCAGGAGCUGAGGACGUCUGUUGGUAGAUAGUAGUUUCACUCGUUCUUACCCAGUAAUCAGAAGACCGCGCUUUCCUGUAGUCUAGCAUAUUACACCUGAUCUUGCUGCGCUUGAACUCAAAGGGAGUUGUGUCAUUGAUUUAUGUGGGAUCAGUUUCAUGGGUGAAAUUCACCUCUGCAAAAGGUCUGUGUCUUACAUACGUAAGUUCUCUUAAAUCCCGAAGGGCUUGUUUAGUGCACAGGGUCUGCCCAGCUUGCAGGUACAGGGGUGAACCUUACCCUUGUCCCUUUAGGACCUUAUCCUCUCCUGUCUUCAGUUCUAUGUGGCUGUAACUCCAUUGUCUUGAACUGAGUUAAUUGCCAUUUGCAGCAGCAUGAGAGGGGCACAUUGGAUGUAAUUCCCAGAGAAACUUUCUGUCACUGGUUGGUGGACGAGUUUUUUUACCAAAACUAGUAGGUGUAACACAGAAGCCUUUUGUGUAACUACUGAGUGUAUGAUUUUUAUAAAAGAUUUCAUAUGUAUUUUGCUAUCAGAAGUUUAUGGCAAUUUCGUACGAAUACUGAAGCCCAGAUGAUUUUUUUUUUUUUACCAUUAUUUUUAUGGCAGUUAAUGAUUCGGCUUUAGAAAAAAUAAGGUCUGGAAAGUUGUUGACCCCAGUUCUGGUAGAGGACACUCUUCUCUGUCAGCAUAAUUAUGCAGGAAUGAAAACUGUUUCACUUUUGUACUCUGCUAAACUGGUACACAUACGCAUUGAAUGUUUCUGUGGAAGCUGUGAAGUUUCAAGUACAAUGAAACCUGUGAAACCACCUCCAGGAUCAGCAGAAAUCAGUCACCUCCUUGAAGCUGGGCUUUAAGUAGAAGUAAAACAAAAUCAUUCUGGAAACCCUGGUGAUGAUUUGAAGGGGUGGCUGAAAAGGACCAGGACUGCUAGAGAAGCUACAAGCAGGUUUCACUGUACACAAGCAGCACAAGACUUCUUAAGACUGUGUUGCUCACAGCAUGCAAUACGAUGGCUGCUUUGUCGACUGUUUGAUUCUACAAUCGGUCAUUCCUGUGGCUCUUUAUAUGUGUACAUAUGUCAGGUAUUGACUAACAAAUUAAAUAAGGAAAACAGACUUUGCAGAAGCACUGAUCAACAUGCCAGAGGAAAACAGUAUUUUUUGACAGUAAGGACCAAGAUAUGGGGCUCUACUGUAAGGAAAUUAGGAUGACAGGCUGACGCAGCUGAGUCAUUCUGCAAAGGGAAGUUGAAAGUAUAUUUAAGAAGCUGAGAACUGUGCAUCUCUCCAGGUGAAAUGGGAUGCCUCCCUGGUCCUUGCCAUUCAAGCCAGGACGUUGCCAGUAGCUACACCUGAGACAUCUAGUGGGUGAAACAGAAUUUAGGCCUUUGUUGUCUGCUUUUAAUUAGUGUGGGGCUAAGUUACCCAUGGAUGUGGGGCCUGUGCCCUUUUGAGGGGGCAAAGAGGGUGUUCAGGAAAAGCUGGAUCAGCAGAUCCACAGUAACUUGCAUCCAAUGAACAAAUCCUCCAUGUGCAACAGCAGCCCUGGGAGUUGCUGUGCUGUAGCCAUUCUCUUUCCACUAGCCCUCAGUUGCUUCGUGGCUUGAGGGAGGACGGUGCCUCCAAAUAAUGACCUGGCACCACUGAGCAGAGCUCAUUUGCUUGUGCUUUAUACAGUCCUCUGAGGUGCAGACCUUGGACUCAGACCCAGCACAGAUAUAUAAACUGCUCACCAGACCUAUCUGGCUUUCUGACAAUGUUAACUUUGGCUCUAGCAAUAAUGUAGGUGCUUUAUGUAUGACAGAUCCUUUCAGGAUGGAAGACUUUGGGCAUUUGGGUUUUAAUCAGGAAGCAUUUAAAAAAUCUGGUCAGUCAGCCUGCAUGUAGACUGCUUUUCUGCUUCUGUUGUGAGACAUGUGAACUGGGCUGUUGAGCUGUGCUGUCCUCAUAGGACUUGAUUUAGCCCGGAGUUUUGCCGUCGCAAAGUGUAAGGCAGCACUAGGUAGUUGCAGCAUCAGUCCACUAGCAGCUCCCCAGGCACGCUCCAGCAGGAAUCGCACGGCAUUUAAAGCUGCCCUUUCGUUGGACCGGGUGGAGGAGGACAGCCAUGUACACUCUGCCUGUCUUUCCCCAAGGAACCCCCUACCCCGAGCAUGCUAUUCACAGCCCACCGCACCAGUCAAAAAAAACGCUGGCCUUCUGCUGUGCUUGCUGUCUCCACCCACAUCUGAGAACAUUUCAGCAAUUCAGAGCACGUUCUAGUCUCUCUUCCAUUUUUACCUUGUAAUUAAGGACUACUUAAAAAAAGAUCUCUGCAUCCAUCUAGUUUCUUCCUUAUUCAAGUGUUGGUUCUUCAGAUAAGCUACCCUAGUUCAUAUUCUCCACCUCUGGUCUCUUUUUUUCAUACCUGUAAUCUCCAAAUGUUCUAGUCUAUUUUUGUAAGCUGGCAUACUUGUUUCCUAGGUUAUCCUCUCUCUCUCCCUCCCUCCCUCUCCCUUCUUUUUUCUCUCUCUCUCUGCGAAGUAGUUUGCAAAACAAUUUUGAUUAAGCUGAAUUGUAUAAACUGAGAAAAUGGGUCUAGAAUAAUGUAAUGCAAAUUUGUAAAGAGGAAUUGUCAAAAUACGCAGUGAUGUAAUGGCUAGUUUACAUUUUUACUGCACAAUAAAACAUCCUGACUUCAAGAGAAAUGGAA